UCGUGGGGUCAAUCAUGGAGGUUUCUCAUACUCCUGUGAAUCUCACACACAGAAUUUUCUCAGUUGUCAGUUGUGUAGUAGAGAGACUGGCCUUGGGCAGGAAAUAUGUCGGUGACGAGUUUAGAGAGAUCAUCAGAAGGUGAUUGAGGUAAGCAGUGCAUUUGCUAUAGAAGCCUUGUAUCCCCCAUUGGGAUUUAUCAGCAUUCUAUCAGGUACUAGGGCAAGAAUGAAGAAGGUUCACAAGAAACUCGACAGCUUCUUCGAUAAGGUAAUAGAGGAGCAUGAAAUGAAUGGCAAAGGGCAUGAGGAUGAGCAAGGGGACUUGGUGAAUGUCCUCCUGCGGCUUCAAAAGGAAGGUGAUGGUGCCGUGCAACUAACCAGAGACAAUAUCAAGGCAAUCAUCUUGGACAUGUUUAUUGCUGGGAUUGAGACCUCAUCUUCAACCUUGGGAUGGGCAAUGGCAGAACUUAUGAAUAACCCACAGGUGAUGGAAAAAGUCCAGAAGGAAGUAAGGCAUGCGCUUAAAGGAAAAGAAAGAGUGGGAGAGGGGCAGGUCUUAGAGUACUUGAAGUUAGUACUUAAGGAGACACUCAUUUUAAAUGCUCCUCUCCCGUUAUUGAUCCCAAGAGAAUCCAUGAAGACAUGCUCAUUAGAAGGUUAUGUAAUACCAACCAAACUAAAUGCUUGGGCCAUUGGAAGACAUCGAGACUACUUAAAAAAUCCAGAGAAGUUCGAGCCCGAGAGGUUUUCUGAUGGUUUGGUGGAUUAUAAGGGGCAAUAUUUCGAUUUCAUCCCCUUUGGGGGAGGUAGAAGGGGGUGCCCCGGUGCCUUAUUCAGUAUGGCUACUGCAGAACUUGUUUUUGCCCAACUUCUUUACUACUUUGAUUGGAAACUACCCAAAGGAAUGAAACCAGAGGAGAUGGAUAUGAGUGAGAGCUGUGGGAUAACAGCGUCAAGGAAGCGUGACCUGGUUCUAAUCCCAAUUCCUUUGUUUAUAAGCAGUAGGAUUUCAUAGCAAUGAAUUUGUAAUAGAAGAUUGUCGCAUGAAUAAACCUAAAGCUUUCGGUCUACUAGAACUUGACAGAGUAAUGUAAGGCCUUGCGGUAUGGUGUCAAACUUACC